GUAAGUGCUGUUUGAGGUUAUGUUAUUAUCAUUAUUUUUUAAUAAUGUAAUUCUUGUUUGAACGAUUUUUACAAAGGCACUGAAAUGAAUUUAAGCCCUACAAAUAAACAUGGUAAUGGAUUACUAUAUGCAGGUUUUAACCAAGAUCAAGGAUGUUUUGCAUGUGCUACCACCUCUGGAUUCAGAAUAUAUAACUGUGAUCCUUUAAAAGAGAAAGAAAGGCAAGAUUUUGAUAAUGGGGGCCUCAGUUACGUUGAAAUGCUUUUUCGCUGUAAUUAUCUAGCAUUGGUAGGUGGUGGAUCAAAACCCCUCUAUCCAACGAAUAAAGUCAUGGUUUGGGAUGAUUUAAAGAAAACUACACCUAUUUGUUUAGAAUUCAAUGCACCAGUUUUAGCUGUUAAGUUGAGGAGAGACAGAAUAGUUGUAGUCUUAGAAGGGGUUAUAAAAGUUUAUACAUUCACCCAAAGCCCUCAACAGCUCCAUGUAUUUGAAACAAAUUCAAAUCCGAAAGGUCUAUGUGUACUGUGUCCAAACAGUAACAAUUCAAUAUUAGCCUUCCCUGGUCGAAAAACAGGCCAUGUUCAACUUGUAGAUCUUGCAAAUACAGAGAAGUCACCAUUAGAUAUUGUGGCACAUGAAGCAAAUCUGUGUUGUAUUUCACUGAAUUUACAAGGAACAAGACUGGCCACAGCGAGUGAAAAAGGGACACUUAUCAGGGUUUUUGACACUACAAGUGGACAAAAGAUUGCCGAGUUAAGAAGGGGAGCUCAUCAGGCAACAAUUUAUUGUAUCAAUUUCAAUCACAAUUCGACAUCUCUUUGUGUGGCCUCAGACCAUGGAACGGUGCACAUCUUUGCACUAGACGAUCCCAAGUUAAAUAAACAGUCAACUUUAGCCAAUGCAACGUUUUUGCCUAAAUAUUUCUCAUCGACAUGGUCAUUUUGUAAGUUCACUGUUCCUAACGGCCCUCCAUGUAUCUGCGCAUUCGGGGCAGAUAAUAAUUCAGUUAUUGUCAUCUGCGCAGAUGGUUGUUACUACAAAUUCGUUUUUAAUAUAAAAGGUGAAUGUGUCAGAGAACAAUGUGCCCAAUUUUUAGAAAUGACAGAUGAUAAUUUGUAAGUCGAUCAUCGGAGCAAAGCAGAACAAUUGUCAUCAACGGCUAUUAUUUCCUGCAAAAUAAUUGGUGAUUUUUUUAAACGCUAUUCAAUAUUUUUCUAAGAUGUUGAUUUAUAUUUAAGAUGUAACUACUAUUACGUUUGUCUUUAUCAUAGUGUUACAGAUUCUUUUAACAUCAAAUCUCUUUUGUCUGUUAUAUUUAGUAUGUAAAUCAUUGAGAAUUAGAUAUCUUUUAUCUUUUGUAGUCUGAUUUAAUGUACAUAGAUUUAUUUAAAUGUAUUGUUGAUAGAAAUUUAUAAAUGAAAAUGACAAUUUUUGCAGUAUUUAUAAUUUUGUGAUUCAAAAUUGCCCAUGUUGCUCACAUGUUCUGUUAUUUAUAGUUCCAUAUUUUAUUUUUUGACUGAUUUAUAUAUUAAAAA